AUGACUUCAACUACUUCAUCAGAUUUUACUACAACAUCUAAAAAUUCAUCAUCUUCAUCAUCAACUGAUAAAAGUUUUAAUACCCUGUUAGCAUCUGAUAUUCCAAGACAACAUCAACAUUUACAACAUAUAAGAAGACCUUCAUUUACUUAUGAAUUAACUUUACCUACCUCAUUUCAAUCAGAUACAAAUUCAAAUUCAAAUACACAAAUGACAAACAAAUCCCUGAAUAAACCACGUCGUUUAUCAAAUGAAGAAAUUGAAAGUUUACCAUUAUCAAUGAGAUUUAUGCAUAAACCUUCAAGAUCAAAAGAUUAUUUUGUACAAUCGAGUGAUCGUACAAGAGAAAAUAGUUUAUAUAAUAAAUCUAUAACGUUAUCUGAUACAAAUUUGAAUAAUAAUGAAAAAGAUAUUUCACCUGAAAUUUCACCAACUUCAACACCUUCUUUAUCACCAGAUCAAUCAUUUGAUAAAAAAGAAAUUGAUUAUUUUAAUCAUAAAAAUAAACAGGAUACCGAAAAUGAAAUAAAUCAAGCAAAUAAUGUUCAAAAAAAUAUAGAUGAUAACGCGUCUAUUGAAAUUCCAAUUUCAACUUCAUCAUCUUCUCCUACAUUUUCCCCAACAACAGAUUUAAGUCCAAAUUUAAAUUCUUCUAAAUUAGAACAAUCAAUAACAUUAGAAGAUAGUGAAUUACAUGGUUAUAAAUUAGUUCGUAAAAAAUCAGGAGAAUUAGUUAAAUCAUCAUUAAAAAAUCAAGAUUCUUCUUAUUUUGAUAGAAAAAGACCAAAAUCUUUACCAACUACUCCAACUUAUAAACAAGUUCAUUUUGGUGGAUCAAAUGAUAUUAAAUAUUUUAAAAAAAAAGAUACUCCAUCUGCUAUAUCAGCAUCAAAUUCACCUCAUUUAAAUCCCACAACUGAUGAAUAUGAAUAUGAUAAUUCUUAUGAUGAUGAUGACGAUGAUGAAGAUGAAGAUGAUAAUGAAUUUGAUUCAGAAUAUUCAAUGGAUAAAGAAUUUACAAAAACAUUUGAAGAUUUACAUAAUUUUUCAUUAGCAAAUACUCCAUUCCCUAAACAAAUUUCAGAAUGGGAAUUGAAAUUAUUAAAUUUCCCACCAUUAUCAUAUUUAAAAAAAAUUGAAUCACUUCAACCAGUAUUUUUAGAAAAAUUAUUUAUAUCAUUAGAUAAAAAAUAUGUUAUUGGUCAUAUAGCAGUAUUAAAUUUAGCAUUUGAAAAAUAUUUAACAGUUAGAUAUUCAGUUGAUAAUUGGAUGACUAUAAUAGAAAUUCCAACAAAUUAUUCAAAAGAUACAUUAGAUAUUUUAAAAUUAAAUAAUUAUGAUAGAUUUAAUUUUAAAAUUCCAAUAAAUAAUUUAUUUAAUAGUUUUAAAUUUUCAAAAUUUAAUUCAAGUAAUUCUUCAUUAGAUGAUGAAUCUUUGAAUUUUAAUAAUAAUCAAGCUAAUAACUCAAAGAGUGAAAGAAUUUAUCAAUUAUGUAUAAAAUAUUAUGUAUCAGGUAAAGAAUAUUGGGAUAAUAAUAAUUAUCAAAAUUAUCAUAUAAAAUUAAUAAAACAUAAUAAUAAAUUAAAAUCAAAAAAAUUAAAUAAUAAUUUUAAUGAUAUCACUAAUGAAUCUUCAUCUUCAUCAUUUCAUAAUUAUUUUAAAGAUUCUAAAAUUCAAGAUCAUUCAAAAAGACCAAAAUAUUCAUCAUCUUAUUUAAAGAGGAAUAAUUCAGAUUCAAAUAUUCAUGAAACAAAACAACAACAACAACAGCACCAAAUUCAAAAUCAACCACAACAAGAUGAUGAUAAUCAAAAUGACUUUGAUUAUAUUAAAAAUAAUUUUUAUAUUUCUUCACCUUUAUUAUCUUCAAUUAAUAAUAAAUCAAGUUCAGAAAAAUAUAGAGAUGAAAUUGAAGAUGCUCAAACUAAUUUAAAUAAUAAUAAUUUAAAAAAUUCAUUAACGGCCCCAAAUAAAAAUCAAUUAGAUAAUUCAUUAUCAUCAAAUUCAAAAAAUAUUUUAAAUUUAAAUUUAAAUACAUAUCAAAAUCAAAAUUCAAAUCAAAAUUCAAAUCAAAAUCAAAGCAACAAUAAUAAAUCAAAAAUUUCAAAUUCAAAUGAUUUAAUUUAUAAACAAAGUUAUCAAGAUAUUUUAACUAAAUAUUGUUUUAAUAAUGGAAAUUUUUUACCUGGUCAAUUACAUCAAAAUCAAAAUUUAUCUUUACUGCAACAACCACUGCAACAUCCACAACAACAAUCACUGCAACAACAACAACAACAACAACAGAAUUCAAAGUCAUCUUCUCAAAUUCAAAAUGAAAAUCAAACUAAUAUUAUAACGUCCAAGACUACUAAAGAAAAUCAUUCUAAAGAAGAUGAAAAAAAGAUUAAAUCAAAUUCAGAUAAACUUGAUACAGAGAGUAAUGAGAAUAAGAGUAAAAAAACUUUCACAAUUUCAUCAUUUUUAAAAUAA